AUGAAAUUAUUUUUCGUUUACUCUUUUUGCACUUUUCAUGAAUCCUUGUCCUUACCUGUCGCGAUCCGUAUAAUCUUUCUUCCUUUUUCUCAAUCUAACCCUCUCUAUACCUUUCUUACCCCUCUUCCGCUUUCUUUUCUAAUUCUUUCUCUUUCUCUAUUUCUCUCUCGCUCUCUCUCUCUCUCUCUCUCUCUGGCUUUGCCGUUCUCCUACUCCCCACCGUCGCCAAUUUCCGUUCACUCCUCCUCCUCCUCCUCCUCCUUUAGGAAUCUCGUCCCCUCUUUAUUACACCCUCCAAAUGACACCCCCGUCUUUCCUUUCUUCUUGAACAAUUUCUUCUGCUCUUCCUCUUCACCUUCGCUACCCACACACCUUUUCAACCGUAAAAUUUCGCCGCUCUCUGUUGAAUUACAAACGCCACACGAACGUAUUAAAAUAGACAUUGUAAUAAAAAUAGUCUUUCUCCUUUUUUUCUUUCUUUUUUCUCUUCUUUUUUUCUUUCUUUUUUCUCUUCUUUUUUUCUUUCUUUUUUCUCCUUUUUCUUUUUUUUUUCUUUUUUUUUUUUUCUUUUCUCUUUUUUUCUUUCUUUUUUCUCUCCUUUUUUCUUUCUUUUUUCUCUCCUUUUUUCUUUCUUUUUUCUCUCCUUUUUUCUUUCUUUUUUCUCUCCUUUUUUCUUUCUUUUUUCUUUUUUUUUCUUUUUUUCUUUCUUUUUUCUUUUUUCUUUUUUCUCUUUUUUCUUUUUCUCUUUUUUUUUUCUUUUUUUCUUUUUUCUCUUUUUUCUUUUUCUCUUUUUUUUCUUUUUUCUUUUUCUCUUUUUUCUCUUUUUUCUCUUUUCUCUUUCUCUUUUUCUCCUUUUUCUCUUUCUUUUUUUCUCCUUUUUUCUCUUUCUUUUUUCUCUUUCUUUUUUCUCCUUUUUUCUCUUUCUUUUUUCUCCUUUUUCUCUUUCUUUUUUCCCUUUUUCUCUUUCUUUUUUUCUCCUUUUUUCUUUCUCUUUCCGUUCUCUUUUUCUUUACUUUUUUUCUUAUUCCUUUUCUAGCAUAA